GAAAUUUGAAGUUUUCUCUCUUUUUCUUGUUUAUUUCUUGCUAUAAAUAUCGCAUCCGAUGACACUGUCAGCAAGAUCCAGAGCGGAGAGUUUCAGUCUCAGCCGCAGUAGAAGGAAUCUCAAGGUCAGGAAAUGGCGAAAAUGGAGGAUCGAGAAGUUCGAUCUCACCCUCUGUUGAGAAGACGAAGAACAGAGCUCAGCCAUGGCUUCUCUUCCUCGCAAAUGGAAGCCAUGGCCGCCUUCUGUGAAGCUAUCAUUCCCCCGCUGCCUCUCGUCAAGGAAGAUCCACUCCAUCAAUCGCUUCUUGCAUUCUACGAAGCUUCCGCUUCUCAAGCCCCGAUUCCUGAUGAGGUAGCGGCGCUAUUGGUGGAUAGGGCUAAUCCGAAAGCUGUGUUUCUUGUGAAAUUGGUUCUGAGGCUUCUGUCUUUUAGAAUUGGAACAUUGUUGCUUUGUGGAUAUCUUUGCUUUGAUUGGAGAUGGCCUUUCGUUCUCAAAUUCUCUGAGAUUUCUCUGGAGAAGAGAGAACAGAUUCUCAAGGAUUGGUCUGUGGCUCACCAGAGGUAUACUGUGCUCCUGAGAAUGGUUUUUAUGAUCAUAAAAAUGUUCUGCUGCUUCAAAUUCUUCUCCAGGAUCGACGGAGAGUCGAAAAACAUAGCAUGGGAAGCGAUGGGGUAUCGUGUAGACACUCGAAAACGGUUGAAUGAUACCCGAAAAGAGCGGCCUCUUGAAAGGGGGUUGAUAGAAACUGGCAAAGAACAUGAUUCCACUCUUCUCCGGUCUCUUUCCAUGAAAGGCCUUGCAGUGACUGAGGAUCAAAAACACGGUAGCACCUAUACGAUCAAAUGUGAUGUUGUGAUUGUUGGCUCGGGUUGCGGUGGCGGGGUUGCUGCUGCGAUUCUUGCAAAAUCUGGUUUGAAGGUAGUCGUUCUCGAGAAAGGGAACUAUUUUGUGCCUGAAGAUUAUUCUUCCCUGGAAGGUCCAUCCAUGGAUGAACUAUAUGAAACUGGUGGACUUAAGUCAACACUUGAUGGGAAGGUUAUGCUGUUGGCUGGAACUACUGUAGGUGGAGGCUCUGCUAUAAACUGGUCUGCAUCAAUUAGAACUCCUAAACCUGUUCUUGAAGAGUGGUCUACCAUUCAUAAGAUUCCUUUGUUCGGGAGCUUCGAUUACCGAUCGGCAAUGGACGCUGUGUGUGAUAGAAUUGGAGUGACGGAGGGAUGUCGACUUGAAAGUUUUCAGAAUCAAGUUCUUCGUAAAGGGUGUGAGAAUCUUGGUUUGAAGGUCGAUUCGGUUCCGAGAAAUUCCUCAAAAGAUCAUUAUUGUGGCUCUUGUUGUUAUGGUUGUAGGGUUGGUGACAAGAAAGGGACUGAUUCUACUUGGCUGGUUGAUGCUGUUGAAUCUGGUGCAGUGAUCCUCACAGGCUGCCGAGCUGACAAGCUCGUUUUGGAGAACACGAACAACACAAGUCGAAACAAGCGAUGCUUAGGAGUGAUAGCAACUCCGCUGAGCAAAAACGUCACGAAAAAGCUUUAUAUUGAAGCAAAAGCGACAAUCUCGGCUUGUGGUUCUCUCCUAACACCUCCUCUACUGAUUGCAAGCGGACUACGUAACAAAAACAUAGGCAACAAUCUUCAUUUGCACCCGGUUAUUCUAGCUUGGGGAUACUUCCCCGAACAACUAUCCGAUUUCACGGGUAAAAUAUACGAGGGAGGGCUCAUUACUUCGCUCCACAACGUAGUCUCACAAGAUUCCAAUAGCCAUGCCAUAAUCCAAACCCCUGCACUUGGACCAGCCUCAUUUGCUGCCAUGUUUCCAUGGACGUCCGGGCGUGAUAUGAAAGACGCAAUGGUAAAAUACGCUCGAACCGCUCACCUUUUUGCUUUGGUAAGAGACAAAGGUGCAGGAGAAAUAAAGGGAAAGGCUAACGUAAAGUAUCGACUCGACCAAACCGAUAAAGAGAAUCUAAGAAUCGGUUUAAGACAGGCAUUGAGAAUCUUGAUUGCAGCAGGAGCAACUGAGGUGGGGACCUAUAGAAGCGAUGGCCAGAGAUUCCGAUUUCACGGGACAAACAAGGAAGACUUGGAGGAGUUCCUCGACUCGGUCGAGGCAGCCGGGGGACCGUUCUCGAGGGAAAAGUACUGGAACAUUUACUGCUCGGCACAUCAGAUGAGCAGCUGCAGGAUGGGCAGCACAGAGGAAGAAGGAGCAGUGGAUGAGAAUGGUGAAAGUUGGGAAGCAAAAAGCUUAUUUGUAUGUGAUGGAAGUGUGCUGCCAACUGCAGUUGGAGUGAAUCCAAUGAUCACAAUUCAAUCCACAGCUUAUUGCAUCUCAAAGAAACUUGCAGAGUGUUUGAAGUAAGAAGAAAACUUUCAAUGUGUUCCUCCUAGUUCUUAAGAUGUAAAAUAGCUGAGAGUCGAAUAAAUUUUAAGUUAAAAUAACGUUCUAGUCCUUGUACAAUGAAUUUUAUUCCAUUUUAGUCCUCGUACUUCCAAGAAAUUUUAAAAUUAUGUAAAUA